AUGGCUACCAUCGCUCUUGCAGCCCGUGCUUAUCAGCAGAGUUUUGACACUCGUCCAUACACGACACUCGCACUCACCAAUGGCACGCUCAGUGCUGUCGGAGACUGUGUGGCACAGAUAGGACAAAUGGCGACUGCAAAGCGACAAGAGCAUGAAGAUGAGCCACGAUAUGACCUGCAACGCACGCUUCGCUUCUUCACGUUUGGUUUCGCAAUGGGUCCACUGCUUGGUCGAUGGAACAAGUUCUUAGAAAAACGCUUCCCAUUACGCGCUGAACCUCCAAAGCCUGGGGUUGGUACCUUCAAUCCGCUCUCUGCAGGUGUUCAAUUCGGUCCACGUUCACCUCACAUGCAAGCGCCACUGAACGUCCCGAUUGGCCAAGUACCUCGAGUCAGCGGUCUUGCCGUCGCGAAGCGUGUCGCAGCCGACCAACUCUUCAUGGCACCUAUCGGUCUCGCACUCUUCAUCGGGGCGAUGGGCAUGCUCGAAGGGCGCGACGCCGCACAUAUCAAACGCAAAUACGUUGACUUGUAUCCGAGCGCGCUAGCUGCGAACUGGCAAGUAUGGCCUCUCGCGCAGAUUGUGAACUUCCGAUACAUGCCACUUGCAGCGCGGGUCCCGUUCCAGGCGACGUGUGGCAUUUUCUGGAACUUGUACUUAUCAUUGCUUAAUGCACGCGAGAACCAGGAAGAGCAAAAAGAAGAAGCGAUGCACAAGACCGUUGGGUGA